UCCUGCGGUGAGGCAGCUUCCGGCCCUGGGAACAACUUCCGGGCCCGGCCAGGCUUGGGUGUCAUCACGCGGCGGCGCUGCCUCUGGCGUUUCGGUCGCAGGGGCGAUGCGGCCGCUGACGGAGGAGGAGACCCGCGUCCUCUUCGAGAAGCUCGCCCGAUACGUCGGUGAGAACAUCCAGCUGCUAGUGGACCGGCCGGACGGCACCUACUGCUUCCGCCUGCACAAGGAUCGGGUUUACUACGUCAGGUCGGCGGGGCCCGCCGGUGGCCAGAGCCGCGAGGCAAAGGAGGGGAGGGGGGCGGCCUUUGAGCGGGUGUGCUCCCCCUUUUGUGUAACCGUCGACAAACCUGGAUUGGAAGGGAAGUUUUUCGAGAGACUUCUGAAACUAGCUACAAACAUUCCACGGGACAGUCUGGUGUCCCUGGGCACCUGCUUUGGAAAAUUCACCAAGACCCAGAAAUUCCGGCUCCAUAUCACUGCCCUGGAUUACCUCGCCCCUUAUGCCAAGUACAAAGUCUGGGUGAAGCCUGGGGCAGAACAGUCUUUCCUAUAUGGGAAUCACCUCUUGAAGUCCGGUCUGGGCCGUAUCACUGAGAGCACUGCUCAGUACCAAGGAGUGGUGGUGUAUUCUAUGGCUGAUGUCCCUCUGGGAUUUGGAGUGGCAGCCAAAACCACCCAGGAGUGUCGAAAAGUGGAUCCCAUGGCAAUUGUAGUAUUUCACCAAGCAGACGUAGGCGAGUACAUACGGCAUGAGGAGACACUGACUUAAUAAACAGGGCUGAAUUCCUCCUAGCACUCUGUGUCAGCUGGAAACCUUAAAAA